AUGGCUCCGCGCUCUCAGCUAGAAAUCACCACAAGCGCCGUCCUGCGCCUGAUCAAGGAAGAGGAGUCAUACCGCCGCGAGGCAGAGCAGCAGAACGAAAGAAUUGCGAAGCUAGAAGCUCAAGACCCUAGUGCAGAUGAAAACAGAGACUACAUGCUGAAGCAAGAGCGUGCUGCACUGGAUGAGACGGUGAGGAUUUUCCCGAGUUUGAAGCAGAAGAUUGAAGAGUCUAUUACCAAGCUCGAUGGCCUACUGAUCGAAGAGGGAAAGAAGGGAGCUGAAAGCAACGUUGAGCAUAUCAAUGCCGCUAAAGAAGCCAUUGCAAAGGCCAGGGUUGCCGAGCGGGAAAUUGCUUGA